AUGCCUGCCAGUAAGAGAAAACAAGAUCUCGGCACGGAUGUCGCAAGCAAAGCAGAUGAUGACAGCGGCGACGACGAGGACUUCGAUGUGCUUGAUGUCGACUUCGAGUGGUUCGAUCCGCAGCCUGAAUUCGACUUCCACGGAAUCAAGACGCUGCUACAACAAUUGUUCGACACAGACGGCCAGCUGUUUGAGCUGUCAGCCUUGACCGACUUGAUCUUGUCCCAGCCGACUCUCGGGUCAACAGUCAAGGUUGAUGGCAACGAGACCGAUGCGUAUGCUUUUUUGUCCGUCUUGAAUUUACAGGAACACAAGGACAAGCAUUUCAUGGGCAAGAUCAUCCAAUACAUCCACUCCAAGGCAUCGUCCCAACCCCAACUCGCUCAUCUGGUGCAAUUGCUGUCUCAGUCUACCAUGCCCCCGAUCGGAUUGAUCUUGACCGAGCGCCUCAUCAAUGUUCCCUCAGAGGUUGUCCCUCCCAUGUAUACCAUGCUGCUUGAAGAGAUCGAGUGGGCCAUCCAAGAUAAAGAACCAUACAACUUUUCGCACUACCUGAUCCUUUCCAAAACAUACACAGAGGUGCCCUCCAAACUCGAUGCCGAGGAUGAUCGUCCCAAAAAGAAAACCAAGGCUGCUGGAGGUGCUUUUGAGACCAUGUAUUUCCACCCAGAGGAUGAAGUCUUGCAGAGACAUGCCAUCUGUUCCGGCGGAUUUGACUAUUCAAUCAAGCAGGACGAUGGUCACUCUGACUCCAAGCGAGCUUUCCACGAGCUUGGCAUUAAACCACAAGGGCAUGCCAUCCUGAUCUCCAACGACAAGUUCAAAGACGCGGUUCGGAAUGUGGCCGAAUAUUUCAUGCCUCAAGCAUAA